GCGCCUCGGCUGUCGGGGAGCCCCGUUCCGUGCCGAGCAGUCCCUCUCCGUGUGACGGUCACUUUCUUCAGCUUUAGGAUACAUCUGAAAAUCCUGAAGGUGGUAUUUUGGGCCCUCUUAUGAAGAGCGCAUAUUCAUGUCCUUCAGAAUGCCCAACUCCAAUGCUAAAUUUCAUUGUAACCAUAGAGGUGGGCAGGCAGCCGGCAGGCGGGAGUUGGUUUCCAGGUCUUUGCAGAGUGCUCAGCAUUGCCUGGAGGACCAGGAUUUUGGAACUGCAUAUGCUCACUAUCUCCUGGUGCUAAAUCUGGCUCCUGAGCUGAAAACUAGCGUGAAGGAAACAUUUCAGUUUACUCUCUUUAAAUGGGCAGAAGAGCUAGAUUCUCUGGCACGGAUCCAAGAUCUGUUUAACUGUUACGAACAAGCACUUGAACUGUAUCCGAAUGAUGAAGUGAUAUGUAAUAGUAUGGGAGAACAUCUUUUCAGAAUGGGCUUUAGAGAUGAAGCAGCUGGAUAUUUUCAUAAAGCAGUGAAGCUUAAUCCGGACUUCGCUGAUGCAAAGGAGAAUUUUUACCGCGUUGCAAACUGGCUUGUGGAACGCUGGCACUUCAUCAUGCUCAACGAUACCAAGAGGAACCUUACUUACCUAAAAGCAAUUGAGAAUGCUGUCUGCUCGGGGUGCAAAUCUGUCCUUGAUAUUGGAACAGGAACGGGAAUUUUGAGUAUGUUUGCAAAAAAGGCAGGAGCAUCUUUUGUCUAUGCCUGUGAAUUAUCAAAAACCAUGUAUGAGCUUGCCCGUGAUGUGGUGGCAGCAAAUAAUAUGGAAAGAGAGAUCAAACUUCUGCAUUUGAAGUCACUUGAUAUAGAAAUUCCAAAGCACAUACCUGAAAGAGUUUCCCUGGUUGUCACAGAAACCGUUGAUGCUGGUUUAUUUGGAGAAGGAAUUGUGGAGAGCUUGAUACAUGCUUGGGAACAUCUACUUUUACAACCAAAGCCUAAAAAUCAAGAUGUCAGUAGUGGAGACUAUGGCAGAGUUAUUCCUGCAAGUGCUACAAUAUUUGGGAUGGCAGUGGAAUGCAAAGAGAUACGUAGACAUCACAGAGUGGGAACACAAGAAGUUGCUGGUGUGCGCUUGUCAAAUUCAGUGCAGUUCUUUAGUCCGACGUACGCUUCUGCUGGUUCAGAGGAAACUGUCGAACCUUAUACCACUGAGAAGCUCAGUCGUAUUCCUGGAGGUUAUGUACCUCUGACAGAACCCUGUCAAGUAAUGACAGUAGAUUUCAACAAUCUGCAGGAGCUGAAAAGCCUUGGAGCUAGAAAGCCCUGGAAGCUCAGCCUGCCAGUCACUGAAGGAGGAAUACUAGAUGCUAUUGUGGUGUGGUUUGUACUACAGCUUGAUGAUGAGCACGCUCUGUCUACAAGUCCCAGUGAGGAAACUUGUUGGGAACAGGCAGUCUAUCCUGUGCAGGGCCUCCUUGAUUAUUCUGUGAAGACUGGAGAUACUGUGAUGAUGGAAGUUUGCUGCCAAGACUGCUACUUGAAGAUCCAGAAGAUUUCUUCUUUGGCUUCAGAGUGUGGGAUGGACUUCAGUGACAGAGACGACACGCUGAGUUUGGGCAAUGAGGCUGAAUUAUGUCAUGCUCUGGCUGGUCUUCAGACGACUAGCAAACGGGAUGGCAACGGUCACAUAUGUGUGUUGGAAUCCACAGAAAUAGCCCUACUGAACAACGUACCGUACCACGAAUGCUUUAAAGCUGCCAUGGGCAAAGUGCUGUUGUCAUUAAAUCCAAGUAAGGACUUGCAGUCCAUGGAUGUUGAUGGACAUGGCAGUGGGAUGAACCUCCGAGAGAGUCAAAACAAGAGCCCUCUAGAUGUGGCUCCUGAUCCUUUGUAUAUUUUAGAUGUGUCUGAAGGCUUCUCCAUCCUGCCAAUUAUAGCUGGCAAACUUGGGCCAGUUAGAGCCUACAGUUCUAUUGAGAAAGAACAGCAUCAGGCAGCACUUAAUGUCAUUUCAGAAGCUAACCAUUUCCCUAAGGAAACAUUAGAGUUUUGGCUCAGCCACUUAGAAGAUGAAAGUGCGGUGCUACAGAGACCCAAAUCAGACAAACUAUGGAGUAUUAUUAUCUUGGAUGUUAUAGAGACAUCAGGUUUAAUCCAGCAGGAGGUGAUGGAAAAGGCUGCAAUAUCCAGAUGUUUACUUCACAGUGGAGGGAAGAUUUUCCCACAGUAUGUGUUGGUAUAUGGGAUGCUUGUAGAAUCAGAGUCUCUGUUACUGGAGAGUGCUGUUCAAGGGACGGAACCAACUCUUGGGUUUAAUAUAGCCCCUUUUAUCAACCAGUUCAAGGUCCCUGUUCGUGUGUAUUUGGAUCUCUCUACGUUACCCUGUCUACCCUUGAGCAAGCCGGCAGAGCUUUUGAGGCUAGAUCUCAUGAACCCUCUGUUGAACAGCUCCAGCAGAGAAGUGAAGGUACAAAUUUGUAAGUCUGGCCAAGUCACUGCAAUUCCCUUCUGGUAUCACAUACAUCUAGAUGAAGACCAUAGCUUGAAUACAUCUGAUGAGUCCUCGCACUGGAAACAAGCUGCAGUUGUCCUUGAUGAGCCCAUCCAAGUUCAGGUUGGAGAUGAACUUGUGCUUGAUGUUCAGCACCAUAAGAGCAAUAUUAGCAUUACAGUUAAACGGUGAAGAAUGUCAUGUGUAAACAGAUUUGUGGUUAAUUACCUAUGCAUAAAUUGACUGUUCAUAACAUCACUGAUGUUAAUUUAUAUUAAAG